AUGACGGGUUUAACAUCAUCGCAAGAACUAGCGUUAUUGGAUCUUUAUAAACGAGAAAUUAUAGCUCGAUUACAGGCUAUUUAUUGGAAUUCUGAUCUCGGGAAAUUUUUUAAGGAGUUGCUCCCUUCGGCAAAACGCAUCGAUGAGUUGCGUUUGAAAUUUGACGACGAAAAAUUGUUUGCAGGAAAGCUAUGGGAUGAGUUGAUGCUUUCUCCGAUGAAGGGUGCCAUAUACGUGACCUUGCUGAAUUUUCUGGCCGAAGGUUGCAAUCUGAAGGCCGAAGAAAGUUUGGAUCUUCAUGCUUUAUUGAAUCUCACCACGAGGGAAAAAGAACGGAGGAGUUAUUUCCAACAAGUUUUGAUUCAUUAUGAAAAGUUGAUGCGCUUCGUUGAUGUUGAUAAAGUUCUCGACUUUCUCAAGACCAUAGAACCUUAUGAAAAAGUGGUCGAAUUGAUUGCACAAGAUAUUCAAGAAGAAGAUCCAGCGACAAAGAAAAAGAUUUUGUUAAGGACAAUUCCACGGCUUGGUUCAGAAUCGUUCUUCGAUAUCUUGAAAGCUAUGUAUGAUGGCAAUGCGGAUGUGAACGCUUUCAUUGAGAAAAUUGUACCAAACUUCUUAAGAAGAUAUGAGCUACUUUGUGAAGAUCGAAUAAACAGUUCUUCGAUAAUACAGAAGAACCCAUUCAUUUGCGUGAGUAUCAAAAAAGAAUUGUGUGGCAACGCAUUGGAAGGAGAAAACACAAUCAUUUGUGCUCCGACUGGAUCUGGAAAAACAAUAGUCGCGGCCCACAUAAUUAAAGAAUAUCUCAAAAGUCAAAGCCUUAAUAGGAAAUCAAACCAACCGCUUAGAAAGGUUCUUUUCUUAACUCCAACUACAUGUAUUUUGGAUCAACAGGCAAACGCUAUGAGGAAAUAUCUGCAACAUGCUUACAAAAUAAUUACGACUUGUGGGGCGGAUCAAACCCCGUUAGAAGGAGCAAUUGAAGAUAACGACGUUAUAUUUACGACUCCACAAAUGAUCGUUAACUUGUUAAAAAAUGACGAUUCUUAUGGUGAUAUCGAAUUUCCAAAAAAGCCCUUUCAUUUGUCGACCUUUGGUAUGAUCGUUUUUGACGAAGUGCACGGAACGCGAAAAAAUUCUCCAUACAGUAACAUUAUGCAGCAAUAUCACCGGGAUAAAUUUGCGGCAAAAACCGGCAAAGAGGAACUACCACAAAUCAUUGGGUUAACGGCUUCGAUUGGAGUUGGUAACUCGAAAGACAGGGAACAAGCGCUUAAAUAUGUCAUUUCGAUGUGCGCACUACUUGAUUCCCCGACUCUUUCAAUGGUUCGGAACAAUCACGAUGAUCUAGAUCGCUAUUCUACGCCUACAACAGAUGAAUGUUGGAAGUCGAUCUCAGUCGACGAAAACCAAGGACUCUUCAUUAAUGCGCUUAUAGAUCUUAUGUUUGCUUUAGAAAAAGACAUCUUAAAAUUGAUUGAAAGCACCCAUAAAUUACCUGAGUAUCAUUUUUUUCGGAACCUAACUGAUGAUUUUGGUUAUUCAAAAUUUGCCAAUCCUGAAGUGCUAUCAAAACCUCCAACUGAGAAAGGAGAAGCAUACGAACACUGGCUUUCCAAUGCGAUGCGAAGGCUGGUCCCCGAAGAUUCAAAGCUAUCUGAGUUGACAAAGGCUAAGAUUCUCAAGAAAAUGGAAGUUCUGCAAAAGCUUUUUGAUGGUCUUCAAAUGGCGUCGCUUUUUCCCACUAACUACACUCUGGAUGAACUGCAACAGUAUUUUUCGAAUGAAAACUUCCAAAAGAUAGAUCCACACGCUGUAACACUGUGGCAAUUAUUACAAGGAAAACUGCAAGAGCUUGCUAGUGCUGAAUGUGCUUUGGUGAAUGAUCUAGUCAGCUUGCUCUGCGAACCAAAGUCCGACGAAGAUUUCCGAGCCAUUAUUUUUAUCAAAACUCGACGGAUCAAGGAAAAGCAAAUGAAAUCGGAAUACAUUACUGGGCUAAACGCCAAGUCAGACGCUGAGUCGACAUCAAAACAAAAACAAGCCGAUAAAUUAGCGAGAUUUGAAAACGGUGAAACGAAAUGCUUGAUUGCAACUUCUGUGGCCGAAGAAGGACUGGAUAUUGCCAAAUGCAAUUUAGUCAUCAAGUAUAGCCAUGUCACGAAUGAGAUCGCUGGGGUUCAACGUAGAGGUCGGGCUCGAGCGAAAAAUUCUCGCUGUGUUCUGUUGACCUUUGAUGAGAAGCUUAUUAAACGAGAGGAAGCGAAUAAUCAAAAGGAGCGACUUAUGAAAGAAGUUAUGGAUUUGCUUUUUACUGGGAGUUUUUCUUUGAAAUCAAAGGUCAAUGAUGAAGUGCGCGAAAUUUAUGAAGAAAUCCAGAGAAAAGAUGCCGAGAGAGGUGAAAAGAAGAAACGGUUGAAGGAAAGUGGGAUCGAUUAUGACGUCGAGUGCAAAAUAUGUUCUUCAUUUUUGUGUAAAUCUUCUGAUGUGAAGGUGGCAAAAUCUCAGUACUGUGUGACUUCAGGGGAUUUUUGGGAAAAGGUGUUCUAUAAACGUAUCACAGUUAGCAAAAACAUCUACGAAGGAAUUGGCGUUAUAUUCUGUCGUGGGGAAGUUUCUGGCUCAAGCUGCUCUAAGGCGCUCGGGCGAAUCUUGAACAUCAAGAAUGCUCCAAUUCCGAUAUUAACAGCAGAUGAACUGAAAUUUACUUGGGAAGAAAAGGGAGAAAAGAAAGCGCGCACUUUUCGAAAAUGGAAACAAAUAACCGAAGCACUUUUCCAUCCAAAUGGAUUACGAAAUUUUGACAUCGGUGAAAUGCGAAAUGCACCAAAGGCUCCAAUUAUGAAUCAAUUUGAGAAUGUAGUCUGUGAUUUAGGCAGUAUCGAA